UAGGCUGACAAACCGAUCCUGGGCCAGUCCUGUCAGAGAGUAUGGUACAGGAAGUCGCUUUUGCGACGGUCAAAACUUAAGUACUUUGGCGUAAAGUAAGUGUAAGUAGAGGCGCAUUAAACAUAAUCACUAGGUUAUAUUGGUUUUUUGUUUGUUUGUUUUUUAAAGCAGUGUGUUAGCUAGCAGCUAGCAAUGGACAAGCUUCGCCGUGUGUUAAGCGGCCAAGAGGAGAAUGAAGAGCUUGGUCUCACUGCACAGGUUUUUGAUGCCACCACUCUCAGCUACAGCACCAGGGUGAAAUGGUUCAUCAUAUGCUUUGCCGGAGGCAUCCUGUGCUCAAUACUCGGGACAGCAUUGUUGUUCCUUCCUAACGGAGCGAAGUUCUUCGCUGUCUUCUACACAAUAGGGAAUGUGACAGCUAUUGCCAGCACCUGCUUCCUGAUGGGACCACUGAAACAGCUGAAGCGCAUGUUUGAACCAACAAGACUGAUAGCCACCAUUGUUAUGUUGCUCUGCCUUGUGUUAACACUGUGUGCUGUGUUUUGGUGGAGAAAAAAUGGACUGGCCAUCAUCUUCUGUAUUCUGCAGUUUCUGGCAAUGACAUGGUAUAGCAUCUCCUACAUUCCAUUUGCAAGGGAUGCCGUGAUGAAAUGCUUCACAACCUGUCUGAAUUAGGACUCUGGAGUCCCCAAUUUCAUUCGAAGACUGGUCCAAAUAUGCAAACUGCAAAAAAAGAAGAACAAUGGCUCUGUAAAUUAUAAAUCCAUGAUGUUUAUACUCUAUAUUUCCAAGAUUGUUAUUGUGGCUGUUUCAUGCUGUGAAUUGGUGCCGUCUGGGUCUAUCUGAAGGUUUAGAAUGGUCAUUAGGCUUUUGCUUUUGAUGCAAGACAAAUUAGUGCCUUUAAUGUCUAAUAUAUUUAAACAUAUUUCAUAUAUUCUUUUUGGAGGAUUUUAUAGCUUCUUUUUUUCUUUGCUUCACGCUUACAAGUUAAGUGCCUUAACGUUGUUUAUACACACACACAUUUGAUGACAUUCUGACCAGCUGAACAUAUUUACAUCUGAGUGACAUUCAGUUUUCUUUUGGAUGAUUUUUAGAACACAUUUUACUGUUUUACACACGGACAUUAUUGAAACACAUCGUGUUUCUGUUUUCUCUCCCUGUGUGAGUUAAGAGGCAGUGAUGUAUAAAGAGGCUCUCUUACGCUG